GUCAAAUGUCAAUGGUACUGCUACUGCUACACUGUGAAGUGUCAUUUUCAAGAGUGUUGAUAUUAUUGGAGUGACAAUAUUGACCGAAAUUGAAAAUGUAGUGUAGUGACAACUAGAUGUGAUUAGAUUACAAUGGUUAUCAUAACCAAAAACAGUAAUGGCGGUGACAUUUUAAUUCCAAUUUUCUAGCAAUUGAAGACUCAGUUAGGUUUAAAUUUUUCUAGGGCUAAACGUGGUUCUUACAUAAUGUCUCAGUUCAUAUAUAAUAUUCUGAAAACUAUAAAGCUUGCAGGUGAUAUCAAUUCAUGUGGCUUUAACGUCUUUAACACCUUGGCAAUAGGAACAUCAGACAAAGCUGUGUCAGUGUGGGAGUGGACUGAGGAAGGUUACAAGGAGGCCAACUACUCUCCUCUGCUGUACCAUGACUAUGCAGUCACCAGUAUUGUGUUUGCUCCUGAUGGCUCAGUUCUUGCAACCUCGUCCAUGGAUGGCAUGACAUAUCUUUUUAAUACCAAGACAGGAGCAGUGAGAGCCAGUAUUGUACAAAGUAUUGGUGGAGGAGUACGUGAGAGUGCCAUAUCAUCAUCUAAUUAUCAGUUGCUGGGUACAGUCACCGAUGAGGGCUACAUCUUUCUUUGGAGUCUUACCAGCUAUCAAAUACAGCGGUAUUGGCUGGGUCAUGAGGCGUGUGUGGCCUGUCUGGGGUUCAGCCCGGACAGUUAUCUGCUGGCCACAGGAGAUACAGAUGGCACAUACAAGCUGUGGCUGGUAGACAGAGCUGUCAGUACUCUCUACAUGGUGGAUACACUGUGCGGCCAUAUACAAAAGGACGCUCACGAUGGAGGCAUACUCGCCCUAGCUUUCUCUCCCAACCAUUACACCGAGUUGGUGACGCGGGAUUACCAGUUGUGUACAGGAGGAGAUGACAACAUCCUCAGGCUCUGGGAGGUCAGUGUUGAGGUCGUUGGAGCCAAGGAACGUAAAGCACCCAAGAUUACCAUCAAGUUCCUCAAGGCACUAGAGGGGCACUUGUCCUCGGUGACAUGUGUUCGUUAUUCACCAGAUGGAUGUUACGUAGGAUCCACUUCACUAGACAGCUCGGCUCGCUUGUGGGAGGUAUCCUCUGGAGUCUGUGUUAGAGUAUUAGACGGACAUAAACAUUCUGUGUUUUGUUGUGCCUUUUCACCUGAGUUAGGAUUUUUUUCUUCAGGCUCCAAUGACAAGACAGUAAACGUGUGGCAGUUGACAUGCAAACCAGUGCCUGUGAAAGUCCAACAACCCAGUCAGAGUGAAGAUGAUCUCGAAGAAAAGGCCAUGGUACGGAGAUAUUUUACUAUAUUCGAUGACAUAAAACUGGGCUGUAAUGUUAACUCAUUAGAUUUCAAUACACAUUUUGAUCUCGUCAUAGGAUGUAGUGACAAGAUGGUGAGGCCUUUUGUCCGAAGAGGGACAGAGUUUAAAGAGAAAAGCUCAAAGCCAAUGAAAGGUCACAGCUACUCAGUGGUAAAUGUUGAGUUUUCCCGAUGCGGCAGAUACCUUGUUACUGGUUCAAUUGACGGAUCCAUCAUUGUCUGGAACUAUGCGACCGGAGAGAUGAUCAACAGACCAUUUCAGCUCAGUAUCCAAGGAGGACGAGCUGCUAGAUUCUCCCCAGCCUCUGAUUGGUUGGCUCUAGGAAGCAACGAUGGCAAAGUCUACUUGUGGUCCAUUAAAACUCAAGCUAUCUCUUUUUCGUACCCUGGUCACAUAGAGUCCAUCAACUGCCUAGCGUUCUCUCCAGACGGGGAAUAUCUAGCUACAGGGUGUACUGCAGGACAGGUGAAGCUGUGGAAGGCCAACCCAGCUGUAACUCUGUGUCAGCUGUUGAUAGAGAAUGUGCACGACCUCGGUGUUAUGUCCUGCGACUUCUCACAAGCUCUCACUAAAAUCAAAGGUAUGUCAACUCGGGUGUAUCGGCUGGCAACAGGAGGCAACGACAGUCUAGUGAAGGUGUUCAAGUUGUGGCCUGUGGACGAACUCGUGGUCAAAGCCGAGGAGAUGUUCUGUAUGCGAGGUCACGGAGGCAGCAUUACUGAAGUGCGCUUCUCAGGGAAGUCAUCUGAUGUGCUCGCAUCUACGGCCAUCGAUCGUACAGCCAGAAUAUGGAAUAUGCAAAAUGGGCAGUGCUUGAAUGUACUGACUCAUCACAAGGGCCAAGUCACUUGCUGUGCAUUCUCCCCAGACUCAAUGCUCUUUGCCACAGGCUCAUUAGAUUCUUCUGUGAUUGUCUGGAAAGUUCCUAAAGUGAUAUGUUUGAACAACAAAUAUGAUUUGACUGAACAAAAUCCCAAAAGAGUGGUUAACCCUGGGGAAUCACUGGACCUGGACGCACUCAGGAUUGAAUGGUUGGCAGAUGACGUUCAGCUCAGUUUGGAUGACUUGGUGACUGCUGCCAAACGUAACUCAGUGGAGAUCCCAGAACAUUUCCUCUGCCCAAUCACUCAACAGCUGAUGACAGAACCUGUCAUCUGUGAAGAUGGUUUUACGUAUGAGAAUCAUGCGAUCCAAGCAUGGAUGGUCAACGGCCGCAACACCAGUCCAAUGACUAACGUACCUCUGUCAUCCACUGUCGUUGUUCCCAACACUGAACUUCAAGCGGAAAUCAAGAAGUUCCUCGUAAGUCGAUACGAUCAACAUGGCGUAUACAAGGAGACUUACCACACCACUUAAGCACUUGUGUAAGGAAUCAAAAUGAACCUCAAAUUUAAUUUUACAUAUAAUAAUGUGUUUGGAAAUUUAAGUCGUAAAUUGUUUUAGAUAAACCUGGAAAUGUUUGCAUUUCCUAGAGUUAUGUGGACAAAUCUAUGUAAUCGCACAGUAGUUUUUUGAUUAUACUAAAUAAAAUUUUUACAGAUAUUUAUUUAGGGUCUUCUGUACUAUUAAAGUCUUUAAAUCAUUUACAACAAGCCAAUAUUUUUCAGGGGUUCAUAUUUUAGUUUGUAUGGGAAAAAAGAAACAUUCCUUCUAAAAAUUAAAAUUAGUUUAAAUUUUCAUGCUGUAUAGUACUGCAUAGUGCUGUAUGACCUUAAGAUACAUAUUGAGACUUUGACUUUAUAUUAGAACAGUGAAAUAUUACAGUAUUGGUAUUAAAUAGUUGUUUAGGAAAUAUUUGUAGUAUAUUUAAAACAUUUUCUAGCAUUUCAGGUAUGCAUUAAAAUCGGUUGAUAAGUUGAAGAAGUUUUUGCACUUAAGAAUGAAAAUAUAGAACAUAUUGUAUAAGAAAAAGUGCUGAGUAGCUUUGCACAAACUGUACCAGUUCUAAAUAUACACGCACAUACAGUAUUCAUUCUAAACAAUUAUUUGUGCUUUACAAAAUAAUGUACUAUAGUGCAUCAGUGACAUUUACUGUUUCUCUAAACGUUUUGUUCUACGUUGGAAUUUGUCAAUUCUAAUCUGUACCUUGAUAUUUCCUUGAAAUUUAUUUAGUUAAACGUAUAUAAUUUACUAGUUUUAUUUCCUAAUCUUUCAUUCAUUCUCGUAGCCUAUGUAUUAAAAUAGAUUUUUAAUAAACCUUGCAAUAUUCCAACACAUACUUAAAUAUACAGUAGAACCACUCAUAUCAGACCAUGGCGUGAUCGGGCCAUGGUCAGAACAGCCAAAAGGUUAGAUAUCGGGAGGAGCAUAACUUUCGCCCUCUGUGACUUGGUAAUCGUCUCCCGCGACUGCGGCAACACCUGUGAUCAUAUAUUAAGGUCUUCGUGACAUCUCUAAUCAUUUGCCAUGAUUACGGCAAUAUCCAUGAUCAGAAUUUCGGUUCUGAACACGCUCUGCGUGAUCGCCUCCCUCAUGAAAGGAAAGAAGUAGACGGACGGACACUAGGUUAGAUAUCCCGAGGUGUCGGUUAUGCCGAGGAUAUGAGGAUUCUACUGUAGUUGACUUUUAUAGCACAAAUUGAUUACCUUGUAAAAAUAUUAGUUGCUAAUUGAGUGAAAAGAUUAUAAAAUUUAUGUAAUAUACAAUAGUUUCAUACAUGUCUUAAGUUUUUCUAUGAAUAACAUGAGGAAACUAUAUUUGAUUCAUAGAUUUGUAGAGAACCUAGAUGUAAUCUUUUGAAACAUACACAGUUGAUGUUCUUGACAAUGGCACCUUUAACACGUUGACUGCAUAAGCAUCGUUUGAUUUACAAUGAUAUUGAAGUACGGCAGAUUUGAUGAUGGUAAAUGUCCCGCAUCGUUUAAUGUUGAUUAUUGGAGUGUAAACAUUUAAUGUUAAUCGAUGUGCCAUAAUAUUAUACAGUAUGGGAGGUUUCAGAUUUUUUAAUGUCCCAAAAUAUUGGAGUGUAAAAGGUUUAAUGUUGAAUCAUGAGUCAUGACCCAUAACAUUGGAGUAUGUCAGGAUUUAUGUUGAUUAUUGCAGUGUAAAGGAUUAAUGUUAAAUAAUGUACCACAAUGUUAAAGUAUGGGGGGUUUCAUGUCAUAAAUGUUCCAAAAUAUUGGAGUGUAUAAGUUUUAAUACUGACUUAUGUCCCACAACAUUGGAAUAUGUCAGGUUUUAUGUAAUUCAUGUCCCACAAUCCCAGAGAAUCAAACGUUGAAUGUUGAUUCAUAAUGUUGUAUGAAAGGUUACAUGUUGAUUGAUGUUUCUAGUAUUGGAGUAUGAGAGGUUUCAUAUCGAACGAUGUCCCACAAUAUUGGAGUAUGUUAGGUUUUAUGUUGAUUCAUGUCCCACAAUAUUGGAGUAUGUCAGGUUUUAUGUUGUUAUACGUCCCACAAUCUUAAAAAAUCUGAUGUUUAAUGUUGAUUCAUCUCUUAUGAUAAUGUUGUAUGAAAGGUUCUAUGUUGAUUGAUGUUUCUAGAUUUGGAGCAUGAAAUGUUCCAUGUUGAUUGAUGUCCCACAAUAUUGGAGUAUGUUAGGUUUUACGUUGAUUCAUGUCCCACAAUCUUAGAGAAUCAGAUGUUUAAUGUUGAUUCAUGUCUUAUGAUAAUCUUGUAUGAAAGGUUCCAUGUUGAUUGAUGUCCCUAGUAUUGGAGUAUGAGAGAUUUAAUGUCGAAUGAUGUUUCACAGUAUUGAAGUGAAAGACUGGAAAAUCUAACACUUGUCUUCAUUCAUUCUUUUCUUUAUCCUUUGAAGCAGGUUUCCAAUUUACAACUAACAAUUUUGAUCCUGGGUCCGUAGUCCUCCUAUCAGGUAUUGUCUCCAGGCUCGUAUUCAGGGUUUGGUAGAGGUUAGAUCAGUCCUAACGUACGUCCUUACUGGCCUGGUGGUAUACGACAAGAUAUCCGUGUGGCUCCGCAGUGUCGUGUUGACACCUUCACCCUGGAAUCCUCGGUCCCCUAACUGCUGUUCUCCAUCAGAGACAGCUCUGGUGUUAAUACACAGAAGUCAAGCUGGGCCGGAACAAUCAUUCUACUACUCGCCACUGGCCACUGGACGGUUCUGACGUAAUCAGAAAUUCACACUCUCUCUAGAUGCUCUACUCAGUCUGCAGUUCCGAUGUAAACUGUCGUCAAUAGAACACACAUUCGUAAAUAUACAAAUUGAAGGAGAGGGGACAGUACAAGCUCUCCCCUCCACCUUUCACUACGGACACCCACGGGACACACACCCAUAUAGGAUGUUGGGGGCUCAACACGCAUCAGGUGUCCCCAACUUCAACAUACCCAUCCGAUCGUAGUGAAUUUUUCUUUCAUUUGUAACUUUUUCAUACAACAAUUGUCUCGUUAAUCUCCAAAUUGAAAUUACUGAGAGGGUCAUAAUUACUUUUUACAGGCUCUUCAGCAUGAUGCAAACGGCGUCUAGAAGCCUGGCAGCACACCUAAACUUUGUCUCAAUUGUAAUUAUGUCAGUUUAUUUACCUGUUUCGGUUAAGAUAUUUUUUAUGCUUUGUUUUGGUACAAAUUUGUUCGCUACCAGCGAUGAAGUUUCCUCCUAUUCUUUCUCAAAAACUAAACAGUCAUGGUGAAAUGUUAGGGGCCUUCCCAUAUUCAUGUUAUCGACUGUAUCUGGAUAUAUCCCAAGUGAUAUGAAUUUAUUUUGGUCACAAUGAAUGUGGAAAUCUAUUUUUUGGUACAAGUAUUUGAUUAUUCUGUAGAUUUUGUUUAGUGGAGGAAUAUUUUAACAAGAAACAACUCAAAACAUUUUACUAGAGUGGUUACUAAUAUUUCAUGUAGUUUGGGACUAUACUAUUUUACAUAUCCAUAAAUAAAUCUAAUAUAAACAGUGUCACACUCGGAUGUCUCAUCAUAGGUUGCAAACAUAUACAAUGAAAUACACCAAUGGUAUUUCAAAACAGAUUCUAAAUAGGUAAUUGUUGCUGUAUUUUAAUUUUAAUAUUUGGAGUUAGCCUUUUCAGCAGUCAACGUGUUAAACCUCUGUUAAAGUAUCAGUCCAUAGCACACUACUAUGGUUGAAAAAAGCUUGAUUACUGUUUUAUAUUCAUUGUACUAUUCUAAAAUAAAGUACUGAAUGUGAUACUAAACUGUACAGUGACACCAAUUUAUAAAUGGAACUUGAAUGUAGGCUGUGUUUUUGUAUGUAUUUUGGAGAACCUCACCCGCAUGUGCUAUUCUCGUAAUACGCUUUAUAUUGUGACUUAGGGAACUCCACAAUGAUCCUAACGUCUCAAGGCUGUGGCAAAGAGCAAGGAACAUUGCAUUCAUACGCUUUAAAAUGUACUCUUACAUAUGUGAUUGUUCUAGUAGAUCUAGAAUAUACGACACUAAAAUACGCUUUAUUUCGACUGGGCUCAGGAGAAAAGUGGUCAUGUAAACUAAAUGUUAUCUUUGUAUGUUAUUUGUUGGGAUGCAGCAAUUAUACAAAAGAAAUAUUUACACUAUUAGUUGGCAAAUAACUAACUGAUUGCAUUCAUACAGUUCUAUUGUUUAUGUGUGGGCAACAGAUUGGGUUAUUAAGAGUGCCUGCAUGGCUGUAUUUACAUUUUAAUUAAUCUUAAAAUUUCUUUUCUCUGUUUUUGUUUGUUAGUUUAAAAGCCUAUUACUAACUUUUAAAUGUUUCAAAACCAUUUUAUGAUCAAAACUUAACAUUGCAAUCAUUGGUCAUGGAAAUUUUAGUUAACUAUCUUGACUGAAUAAAAUCAUCUGUCCUAGGCAGACUAGUCAAGAUAACAAAGAUUAUCUUCUAGUUACAAUUAACAAAGAUUGUUAAUUUCUUGUUAUUCGUGGAAAUUCUUACCAUUUUUAAUAUUCUUUAAAUGCAGAGGCCUCUUAUAACCAGUCUGUGUCCCACUACAUGGACUUUUGUUUUGUGUUUAAGGUUUGGAUGUUAAUUGAAUUACAUCUAAAGUCAGGCCCUUAUGUACUCUUGUGAAAUCAAUAGGUAUUUACGAUUUAUUAAGUAGAACAAAAACAGCAGUGUUUUACUGAUGAAGAAAUAGAUUGACAUAAGAUUUCCGAUUUGCAUAAAUUGUGGGGUGAAAUAUAAUGAAAGUCAUGUAUAGCUCAUUAAAUAGUUAAUAGUAGUUUUAUACGGUAUUAUAAUUACAUCGUUAUCUUUUGUAUAUUCAAAGUUUUGUAAUAGGUCAUAAAUAGAUUUUUCAAGUUGAACCAUUAUUCACAAGAAGACAUAUUUACUUAGAUGGCACUGAAAAUAUAUAUAUUGUUAUUAGAUAUGUUAGCAUAUUUUUUGGCUAAUAGUCAGUUAUUAGUCAUAUUAAGUCCAAGGUUUUUAGGAAGUUGACUAUUUUGUAGAACUUUGACGAACUGUUAUAAAUCAAAGAAUUGAAAGUAUAAUUAGAAGUACCGGUACAUUGGGCAUGUUUGCCCACGAAAAUAACAUGUUAAAAAAACUAUUAUUUUUGUUCAUUAAAUUUUUUGUGGGUCAAAUUUGCAAUUUAAAAGUUGCAAAUAUAAGUUUGCAAGCUUGGUUGGCAAUUUGUAAUGAAACGUGUUUCAUUGACUUUAGACGGAUAAAUUAUUUAAAUGAACUUGAAUAUAAAAUAAGAUUUAAUUGUUUACAACCAACACGUAAAUAAAUUUUACUGUUAUUUUGUUUGUUGUAAAAAAGCUAUUAAUUUAAGUUUCGUCUUUGAUUUUAUCUGUAUGACAAACUAAAAAUACUCUCUGUGAUAGUAACAACCAGAAAAUUGCUGGACAUAAUUUUUGGGUUAGAUUCGAUUGUUGAUAAAACAUUGUAAUGGUGUGCAAUUACCAUGUAUGUACAAUAUAGCUAGUCCAUAAUUAAGACCAAAUAGACCACAACUUCCUUUUUUUCUUCGGAGUUUGAUAUGUUAUUUAUACACAACUUUGCACACACAUUGUGUUUUUUACUGAUUUUCAGUUGUUUCCAAGCUUUUAAGUGCCAACAACCAUCACAUUUGGAACUAAAAGUGUUGUUGGAAGAAGUAGUCAUUAAAAGAUAAUAUAAAUUGACUUUAAAUCCAAUAAAGCAAUAAGGAUUCUAAAUACAUUUUAAAUUAUUAAAACUGCUAUUAUUGUUUUAAGAAGACUUUGAAAGUAUUUAAAAAGAAACAAAGAUUUUUUUAUCUGAGAAUAAUAAUUAACACCUUGUUUAUUUCUCAUUUCAAUUAGUGGGAUUUUAUAAUUAGUUUUAGCAAAUAUCAAACUUUCUACGUAAAUAGUAUGCCUAAGGGUAAUACAAAAUUAGUUCUGUGUAUCGAUUCUUUAGUGUCUGAUUUUGUUGUACCGGUAUUUAAAAUGAUGCAGUAUGAAGUUUGUGAAUGACAGCAUCAGAUUUAGACAUUCUAAAACAUAUUACAUUGAUCUGUUUUGUCAUUUUGUACCUGACAAACAGGAUAUGUAAUAUACAAGUGCCUAAUGCUAAUUCUAAAUAGGCAUUAAGUGAAAAAAGCUCUAAUUCUACUUUAAUUCUUAGGAGUGGGGAAGUAAUCUAAAAAACUCAGUACUUUUGUAAAAAUCUUAAUGCCUCACAUGAUGUUUUUAUCAAAUGAGACUAGAUAGAAUUUAAAGACAAAAGUAUGGGUAUAUUUUUUCUACAUUUCAUUAUUAUUUAAUAAUUUAUAUUAAAUACUGCAACAAGCAUAAAAACCUACCGAUAAAGUAAAUUUACAUUUGCUCUGUUGGGUUUUUAAUUAAACAGACUCAUAGAAAAUCAAAAUAACAGCAAACUGACACAUUCUUUAUCCCAUUAUCUUGUCAAAACACUUACAAUGUGUAAGGGGUGGGAUUCACUAUGAUAUUUUAAGGGUAAAAUCACAAAAAUUGCAAUAACUAUUGAAAUGUAAUUUUUACAGUAAUGGGGGUUGUGAAAUUUUAUCAUUGGUUAAAAAGACACCACUAUAACAUAAUAAAUUAUAAUGAAAAUCUUUCAAGUUAUUUUUGUAAAAAUCUGAUUUUCCAGGUAAUUUUAUGGGAAACAUUAAAGAAUCUAAAUAUACAUUAGAUAUUAAAGAUCUAAAGAUCUAAAUUUCCAAAACCUUUAAAAGCAUUGGAGAUACCAUGGAUUGGUACCCACAUACCAAAUUUCAUCUUAAUCAGACAACAGACAACCACUCUUUGGGGCUAAGGGGAGGGACCUAGAACUCAAACUCAAAAAUUUGGACGAAAACAAUACUUUCUCUAUAUACUUACUAUGUUAAGUGGGAGAAAACAAAAAAAGACUCACUGAGAUCAACACCCAAUAUAAACAAACAUUUGGGGAAUCAUCUUUAUCACUUUAGUUAGAUUCUUGUAAAAGUUCUAAAUCCCUAAUGUUUUGAACAAGUUUUGAAUCCAAACGUGUUUAAAAACUGGGAAUACAUAUACAUCAAUCAUAUUUCAACCUGAACUACCCCGUUAACCUUGGCCUACUGUUAUUUGUUGGAACAAUCAUAAUUUGUAGUUUAACUUUGAACAUUUAUUGUAUUGUUGUUACUUACCCACUCCUAAAGUUAAGAUCGUUUUUUGAAACUUCGUUAACUUACAAUAAUAAUGAGAGUCGAAUUUAUACAACAGUUUGGUUACACCUAUUUGCAAAUAUGAUCGUUCAUUGUCAAUGUCAACACUAGUCAUACUUAAUGUAUUUAAUAGUCUAGUCUACGUUAACAAUGUUUGUAGUACACAAUGACAUUGUUACAGUCAAUAUUCUAACUUAUUGUUGUGUGUAAAUUAGAUCAACAUGAUUGUCACCACGAUAUAACUAUCAGUAUUAAAGUUUGCUGAGUGCAUCACUUUGACAUUGUUACAAUGUUCUACAAUGUGUUAUUGAUAUAUGGUUGAUGUUUUAAGAUUUUAUCAGUGUUUUAUGCUGUUGGAAAUGUUAUCUGUGAUGUCACCAAAGAUCUAACUUUUACCUAAAACCCUUCCCUUGUUGUUUACCUGUUUUAUAAUUGUUUAAUUUUUUACUUCAUGAUUAUGUUGUUUAACAGUAUGAAUAACAAUAUUGUCAAAUUAAAACCACACUUACUGCUAAAACAAUGUGAUUUUUUGAGUUUAGUAGAUUCUCCAAGUUUUAAAACUUAGUCAGUAACAAAUUCUAAAAUGUCAUCGUUUAAUUUAACGUCAUCAAAGUAUCUGUUUUUCUAACAUAUACUAUAUUUUCUGGAAAAUAUAUAAUAAAUGCCGGUAUACUGACAUUGUUAAAGGGUCUUGUACUGAUACAGGUAAUUUAGCCUACAUGACUCAAAUUCUUACUUAAUUCGUGAUACUAAAUUCCUAAGAAUAAUAUAAGUUUAAUAUCAGACAAAUUUAAUAAAAGUUUCUUUAUAUUAAAAUUUUAAUGAGUAAAUGUUUUUAUUGAUAAAAUCACAUUCUUAUUAAUUGAAAUGAAAAACACCCAAUUUUCAUUUUAUGGAAUUAGAAUCAUCAAGUUUAUAAAAAUGCAAUAGUAAUCUAAUUGUUAAGCUAGAAAAAUUUGUAUUACAGUGUAUUUAAAUAAAUUCAGCAAUCUAUACCAUAGUAAUAAACAUAUAUUUAGGCACUUUACAUAUCGUUCAUAAUACAAAUUUCUUAUAAAUGUUUAUUGUUUGAAAUAAAACUGAGGAAAAGUUUAUAAAUUAUCUAAAUAUCUUUUAA